AUGUUGGUUGUGACACGCCGCUUCGCGCUGAUAAGCGUUCUAGCGCUUUUCACGACUAAAGUGGGUAGCGCGGAACUCACGGGUAAAGAAUGGUGGGAAACUACAUUAGUUUAUCAGAUCUGGCCCAGAGGGUUUCUGGAUACCGACGGCGACGGCGAGGGUGAUCUGAAGGGCAUUUGUAUCAAACUCGAUUACAUCAAGGAUCUCGGAGUCGAGACGAUUUGCUUAAGUCCCGUUUACCCUUCGCCACUGAUCGAUUCGGGAUACGACGUCUCCAAUUACACGGACAUACAUCCUCUCUUCGGCGAUUUGAAAGGCCUCGACAACUUAGUGCAGGAAUCACACAAUCGAGGAUUAAGAAUCAUUUUGGACAUCGUCCCGAAUCAUUCCAGCGAUCAACACCAGUGGUUCCAGCUGUCAGUAAAAAACGUAGAACCAUACACUGACUAUUAUAUCUGGGCUAAUGGUAGUACCGAUGACGACGGAAAUAAAAUCCCGCCGACUAACUGGUUGAGCAUAUAUAGCGAUGAAAAAGGAUCUGCAUGGACGUGGCACGAUGUAAGACAACAAUGGUACUACCAUAAAUUUCAUACGUCCCAGCCGGAUCUAAAUUUGCGAAACGAGAGAGUGAUCAAGGAAUUAAUGAACGUGCUCGAAUUUUGGAUGAUGAGAGACGUCGACGGCUUCCGGAUUAAUGCAGUGCCAUAUUUCUUCGAGGACGAAGGCUUGAGAGACGAACCCCUUGCAGGAAGCGGCUCUUACACCUUUGGUCUUCCUGAAAGCACUGCUCUCCUUUACAGAUUUCGCGAAUAUAUCGACGAUUGGGUGUCGACGAAUAACGUCACGUCGAAAUUAUUAAUCGCGGAAUCGUACGACUCUGACGCCAAUUUAAUAGCAUAUUACGGCAAUGGCACACACGAGGGAAUCCCACCGUUCAACUUCAAAUUCAUCACGCAUAUUCACAAUAGCAGCGACGCUGACGACAUUAAGAGUACCUUGGAUUCGUGGCUCGCACGUCUUCCAAGAAACGCCAACACCAAUUGGGUGCUUUCGAAUCACGACAACUCGAGAGCAGCUUCGAGAAUCGGCCUCAACCGAGUGGACGGUCUUCACAUGCUCAGUCUCCUCUUGCCCGGGCAAGCGUACACGUACUAUGGCGAAGAAAUAGCCAUGCUGAACACGAAGAUACCUUGGAGCAGAACCAUCGAUCCUAUGGGCUGUUUCAAAGGCGAAAAGGAAUUCGAACAUUUCUCCAGGGAUCCGGCGAGAACCCCCAUGCAAUGGACUUCCGCCGGAUCAGCUGGUUUUUCGGAUAACGACAACACGUACCUUCCUGUACAUCCUAAUUACAUUCACAGAAACGUGCAGGCACAGCUGGCACAAGAGAGAAGCAAUCUGCAAACGUACAGGAAGCUGGCUGCUUUGAGGAGGGAGCCGGUCUUCACGGAUGGUGAUUACGAAUUCGCCCGUUUGAAUAAUAAUCGCGUGUUGGCGUUGAAAAGGUUCGUGGAAAAUCAUCCGGUGUACAUCGUCGUAAUUAAUCUAGGUAUACGACAAGAGAGGAUUAAUUUAACUUCGAUAUAUCCCAACUUGAAGGCUACUCUAGGCACCGUCGUGGUUUCCAGCAACGCGCUUCGCGUCAAAGACGUCGUGUCGAGGGACAACUUUGUAUUGACGGCAAACGCGGCACUCGUAUUGAGAGGCGAAGAAGAGAAAGAGGCAUCUGAACCAGCGACGAGCAGCACACCAACGGUCACUUCCGGCGUUGGAGACUCCACGACGAGCGAGCGGACUGUUACCACCGAAGACGCGAUCUCUUCGUCCGAGGACGCGACAGAAAAAGGAACUUCGACGACGUCGUCGAAACAAGUGACCCCGAAGACGAAACCAAGCUCAACGGAGAAACCCGACGGCGCGGCAUCGUGUCUCCCAUCUGCGCUGCAUGUAACGAUGAGCAUCGUGAUAACUGUGAUAGCAUCGUGCAAAUUUCAGAAGUAACGUAGAAAAAGAAGAUAAGUACUUCCACGAUAAAAUUAGAGAUUUGUACAAUAAAAUGUGUGGAAUAAAAAUAAUAGACGAACGGCCUCCAAUUGUCUCCAAUGAUCUCAAUUAAUCUUGACGAGCGCAUUCGUCAAUCGAAGCGUAUCAAUUCCGGGAUUCGAAAGCGACCGGAUUCAGAAACUAAUCGCUUGGCCUUCGAGCUUAAAUAAUAUCAAAUUUAGCGGGCCGAACGUUCCCGAAAUAGCGCGCGAUGUUUCAGGUGACAACAUUGAUCAAGGGGAUAUCUGUCUGCCUAACGGUUUCGAUAUUAACGGGGGAUCAUUAGAGAAUUAAAAGCGCCAAGUACGGCCUAAUUAAAAUCUUUGCCAUUGUCAUUACGAGCCUCGCCGGCGGAUCGAGAUGAUCCUCGCGGAAGAGAUUACUCGUUAGUUCGGCACAUCCCGUGCAAACACCGGUUCGCCGGCCCUCCCGAAGGGGGUUAAGAGGAUUUUCUAAUGUCAAUAAUAGCGGAACAGAGACCGCUUUAAAUGGUGACUCAGGUCGGGCUAAAAAAAGCGUGACCAGGUGUCCACGGAGGUCACCCGAGAUCACCAGGUGUGCAUACCAGCGAAUGAGUUUGCAAUAAUAUCUACGCAGCGAACACUUCGACGGCGAUCUAUUCUCCGUGACGACGCCGACCAGUCAACAUCGGUCGCGGUUGCGCAAAAUCGAGAUCGAGUCCCUCUUUCUCGGUCUGAGCGCGCGAAGUGUGUCAGUGCUCGUCAGCGUUUCUUCCAGGGAAAACGCUGAAACGCUCGUUCCGUACUUUAUGCAGCUCUUUUCUUCGCGCUUCGCGCUGUUGAAAGCGGCGUAUCUUCUUCCCAUGACGAUGAGCCCGGGGAGAAUGUCGCCGCGGAAGAUUGAAGUUGACCCUGCCUCGGAGUGACGUUCCGAUUGCGCGCGCUAUCAGUGCGUUUCUUCGAUUAAUGAGAAUAGAUCCGGCAUAUAAUUGUGACGGCGAUGACGUAUAAUACGAUGUUAAUCGGUAUAUUUUCACUUACGAACCUCGCGCGCACUCGUGCUUAUCUUCCGCCUCUAUGCCACUGUAAAAACAACGAUUCCUUUGUGCCGGCAGACUCGUAAAUAUUGGGGACGCGAGAAGAAGUAAAAUGCGGGCGUUCAAUUGAGAUCGUCGAGACGUUUCUCCGUAAAUUAUCGUGCCACUGCGGACAUCGGAAAGGAGGACAUGCUGAAAUGGAGCUGCAAGAAAAAUCUAUCUUCGCUCAGGAAAAACCGCUUUACGACGCCAUACCUCUAAUUAUCUUCGAGAAAGAAGGGAAACGUUACAAAGGAGAAGAUACGAAAUAUAACGUUUCAAGCCCAAUUUGCAUGACAUUCCGUUUAUUAUUAUUCUGGAUCUUGUGGACUGCGUUGAUAAUGGCGAUGGUAAUCUGCAUUUUCGCACACUUUUGGUUUACCACUCGAAAUCCCCAUCGUUUAAAUAUGCACGAAAACGCGAAUGUGUCGAGUAGUAAACACAUCGUCCCAUAAAGUGAAUUGCGAUGCCCUAAUGAUCGGAUUUUAUGCAUUAAUAUAUUCGCGUGCAUACUGUUCGAAAUUCACAACAUUAAAAUUACGGACAACGAGGAAAGAAUAUAUAAUGUAUAGAUAGCACAUUUCUCCUCUUACGAAUGAGGUCGACGGUUUUGUAGUAGUCUUUGUAAUAAAAUGAUUAGAGGAAACGAUAGUAACACACAAGGAACCCGUUAAUAAUAUACAGUCUUACCAGUUUUGAAUAUUUCCAAUAGUAAAACAUAAAUUAACAUAAAGAAAUUAUAUAACUGCUCUGCAUAGUAUAUUUAUUUUUACUCAAACUUUAUAAUAUAAAGGAUUAAUGGCUUAAUAAUGAAUUGAGAUAAAAAUGUUGACUGGAUAUAAUUUUUGAUAGUGAUAUAAAUCUUAGAAAAACAUAUAAUGUCCCGUAUCAUCAUCACCUCACAUUUUCCAUUAAUAUAUAAUUUUAUAAUAAUUUUAUUUUCAUUACGAACACAUACAAUAAACAUUCUGUUAUAAUUACUAUAAUUAUAAAA